AUGCCGCACUCACACCACUCGCACAGCGGCCAGUUCUGCUCGCACGCAAAGGACUCGCUCGCUGCAGUCGUCCACCGUGCACACGCUCUCGGCUUCUCCCACUUCCACCUCAGCGAACACGUCCCACGCGCAAACCACUCGGAGCUCUACCCGGAAGAACGCGAGGCCUUGCUCACACCGGAAACGCUCCGCGAUACUUUCAAAGCCUAUCUGGUCGAGGCGAGACGGCUGCAGGUCGAGUAUGCCGCAAAGUCGCUGCACGUGUUGGUAGGCUGCGAGACGGAGAACAUCACAAGUCCGGACUCGCUCGACUAUCUCAUGGAGGUGUUAGGGAGUGAUGUUGGGACGGAGCCGGAGCUGGUGGGGGCAGGCGUGGUGGACUAUAUCGUGGGGUCGCUGCAUCAUACACAUGCGAUUCCGAUCGACUUUGACCGCGAGACGUUCGACCGGUCGGUGGCGAGCUUCCAGUCCGACUCGGCAUCCUCAACAGCAGAUGCACACCUCCGACUCGUCGAUCAAUACCUCGAAGACCAGAUGGAGGUGCUCCAGCGACUCAAACCCGAAGUCAUCGGACACUUUGAUCUCUUCCGGCUCUUUACGCCGCAACUGGAACUGCAAGAGCCGCGCAUCUGGGCCAAAGUGCAACGCAACAUUCGGUUCGCCGUCGAGUACGGCGCGCUGUUCGAAUGCAAUGCCGCCGCCUUCCGUAAGGGUUGGAACACCUCGUAUCCGGGCAAAGAGCUUCUGCAGCUGAUCCUUAGCCUCAACGGCAGGCUGUGCCUCUCGGACGACUCGCACGGCGUUCACGCUGUCGGGCUCAACUAUCUCCGCUUGCGCCAGUAUCUCUUCGAUGCAGGCGUCGAGACGAUCUGGUACCUCGAAAAGGAUCACACACCGGAGGAGGCAAGUGUGUCCGACGCGAAUGGUCCGCCUACUCGCUUUGCGCGCGGAACAGUCGCAAAACCACUAGGCCCAGAAUGGAAGACGCACGGCUUCUGGACAACAUUCGCUGCAUCGCUCGAGGCUUCAUCAUAG